GGUUUUCACUCUCUGAACUAGACCGAAAGCUUUUCAAGGGUUCCAAGCCUAUCUUCUUCUUCUUCUUCUUCUUCUUCUUCUUCUUCAAUCAUUCACUGUUCAUCAUUCCAGCAAACGGAACAACAAAUCAAUGGAUAGGCUCAAUUUAGCACUAACAUCUUCUCCCAAAUUUGUUUUCCUCGGAUAUUCUUCUACUUCUUCUAUAUCCACUCCCACUAGAACCAAUCAAUUAUGUGGAAGCAGGCGCUUGGCAAGCUCCAGGAUUAAGUAUCCUCCCAGAAUUCUUGCUUCUGCUGUUAAUCGUCGAUCCAACCACCGUAUCGUCGUGGCUGAACGGUUUGCAAGUGUUUCUUCUUCGACUACUAGCAAUGAAUCGUCUUCUGUUGGUGUUCCAUCAGUAUCUGCUCCUCCUCCCUCCUCAUAUGUAGGUUCGCCUCUCUUUUGGGUUGGCGUUGGUGUUGGGCUUUCAGCAUUAUUUACAUGGGUGGCUUCUUAUUUAAAGAAAUAUGCAAUGCAACAAGCUUUCAAGACGAUGAUGUCUCAAAUGAAUUCUCAAAACACCCCGAUGAGUAAUUCUACACAACCAUUUGGAUCACCUUUUCCAGUACCUCCGACAUUUGCGACUGGAACGGCAGUUUCUCCAUCUGUUUCUGAAACUGCUGCAUCGAUUGAUGUAACUGCAACAAAAGUUGAAGACGAGCCAGUUACUAAUGUCAAAAGUGAGACAGAGAACAUGGAAGCAAAGAAGUUUGCUUUUGUAGACGUUUCUCCUGAAGAAACUGACCAAAAGAGUCCAUUCAAAGAAGAAGCCACAGACACCGAUGUUUCAAAGAGUGCUCAGCCUCCUGUGGAAUUUCCACAGAAUGGAGCUGCUUCAAAGCAGGCAUUUAACGGUUCAGAGGGAUCACAAUUCAGCCGAAAAUCUGGCAAAACCUUAUCAGUGGAAGCUGUGGAGAAAAUGAUGGAAGAUCCAACAGUGCAAAAGAUGAUAUAUCCCCAUCUGCCCGAGGAGAUGAGAAAUCCAGAAACAUUCAAGUGGAUGAUGCAAAAUCCAUUAUAUCGUCAACAAUUAGAAGAAAUGCUUAACAAUAUGAGUGGAAGCCCUCAAUGGGACGAUCGCCUCAUGGAUUCUUUGAAAAACUUUGAUCUUAGCAGCCCCGAAGUUAAGCAGCAAUUUGAUCAAAUUGGGAUGACACCUGAAGAAGUUAUUUCAAAAAUGAUGGCUAAUCCUGAAAUCGCAAUGGCAUUCCAAAAUCCAAGAGUUCAAGCAGCCAUCAUGGAUUGUUCACAAAAUCCACUGAGCAUAACGAAGUAUCAAAAUGACAAAGAGGUUAUGGACGUCUUCAAUAAGAUAUCAGAACUAUUUCCCGGGGUUUCUGGAGCACCAUGAUAGUUGUAGCCUAUUUUAAUUAUUGAUUAGUAUAUGACAAAACGUGACUCGAAUAUGGAAGAUUGAGAGCAUGCUUCCCGUCCCAUUGCAAAAUAAGUUGGGGAAGUAAUCUUCCUUUUCGAAAUGAAGUUAGCUGAGUAAGGUCUCACCUGCUUCAAUUACAAGAAAUAUAUUGGAAUUUCUGGGUGAGUUAAUUCUUUUUUCC